AUGAAGUUUGACACAAUAUUAGAUCACUUGGGGGAGUUUGGUGCCUACCAAAAACGCCUGUACUUACUGGUGUGUUUAUCUGCAAUCUCAAUCGCCUUUCAGACGCUACUACCUGUGUUUUACUUAGCCCUCCCGGAUUUCAGAUGUGCAGUUCCUGGCCUUGAUAAUGAUUCUUACACGAGUCAAGGUUCUUCUCACGACGUCAUCAUCAACGGUACUAUACCUUGGGAGCGGGAUGAUGACGGUGUAUCGACGUUGUCAGAGUGCAACGUGUACACUAACUUAACAGCGGGCAACCAGACACGAGAGUGUAAAUCCUGGGUGUACGACAAAGCCACCUUCACCUCCACAGCUCUAGCCCAAUUCAACAUAGUGUGCAGUGACAAGGGAUGGCGGGCAACGUCCAACUCUAUCAAUUUCGCAGGAAGUCUGUGUGGGGCCUUCUUUCUGGGAUUCCUGUCAGAUUUGAUCGGCCGCAAGAAGACAUUCUUCCUGAGUGCGUUUUUCCAUUGUGCAUCUGGUAUCAGUUUAGCCUUCGCCCCAAACUUCGAAGGUUUCAUAGCACUUCGGUUCAUCAACGGAGUUGCCAAUGCCGGCCUCUUUAUGUCGGCCUUCGUUAUCGGUGUUGAGCUUGUCGGGCCCUCCAAAAGAGUACUCGCUGGAAUUGUCAUCGAAUUGUUCUGGUGCCUCGGUCUCUUCAUCCUGGGAGCUGUGGCUUAUGGUAUUCGAAACUGGCAGCAUCUGCAACUGGUUCUCUCUGUGCCGUCUGUACUCCUGCUCUUCCUGUGGUGGUUUAUCCCAGAAUCUCCAAGAUGGCUGCUGUCACGUGGGAGGGAUGCUGAAGCGGAACAAAUAAUAAGGAAGGCGGCAGAAGUCAAUGACGUCGACCUUCCUCCCAAAAUAUUCGACAAAUCCACUGUGGAUCUGAACCAGCCUCAAGCAAGAGUGUGGGAAAUGUUCACUACCCCAGUUCUCCUCAUAAGAAGUCUCAUCAUCUUCUUAAACUGGUUUGUGAUCAGCAUGGUAUACUACGGCCUUGGACUAAACGUACAAAACCUCAGCGGAGACAUCUACCUCAACUUCACCAUUGCUAACAUAGUGGAGACACUGGCCUACGUAAUAUGUAUCUUUUUCCUCGACCGUGCCGGAAGAAAGAAACUGCAUUGUGGGAGUAUGAUGCUGGGUGGUGUAGCGUGUCUGGCGACCAUGUUUCCGGUCAUGUAUGGCGACAGCUCCCACGCCUGGAUUACCACGACAUUGUCAAUGAUUGGGAAACUCGGUGCUUCUGCAGCCUUUGCCAUCAUAUACGUAUUUUCUGCCGAACUUUUUCCGACAGUUGUCCGAAACUCCGGAAUGGGCGCCAGCUCCACAUUUGCACGAGUUGGGGGAAUUAUCUCCCCUUUUGUCGCUGAUCUGGGAUUACUUGUUGAAGGGAACCUGAAGACAGCUCUUCCACUUGUUGUGUUCGGAGCCGUGACUGUCGGGGCUGGACUGCUAUCACUGAUACUUCCGGAAACCCUGAACCGGAAACUUCCCGAGAACAUCGAAGACGCCAAAACAUUUGGAAGAACCAACAGCAGCAGCCAAAACUAUCUGGAUACGCUCGGCGGUAUAAAAUCAGCUGAUAAACAAAUUAGUGGAAAGUUUAAGAAGAUAUACGACGAAAAGUUUUAAUUCGAGCAGGCAGAGAAAGGUGACAAUGGAGCUAAACAAUAGACCGAAUUCACCUCUCACCGUGAAGCAAUAUCAUUAUCGAAGACUGGUAACAAUGUAUCAUACAAGAUAUGGUCAUCAACCAACAGUGAUGAGUAGAUAUGGUCAAGACAGAUACACUCUUGUCUCCACUGUGAUUCGCGUUUUUUGGUUCAAGACUUUCCUUAAAUAUGCUGUUCUGUUAUAAAAUAGUUAAUUGACUCUCAGAUUGGAGAACUUACACCAACGUUUGACAGCCACUUUCCUGUAUACUUUGCUUAUAUGUAUUGUAUAUGUUGUAAUAUGAUUUGUGACACCCCAUACAACAUUGAUAUGUAAUUAUUCGUGUUUUCGUGGAGCAUUUGACAUAUGAAGUAUGCCAUAAGUAAUGAUAAUAAACCAGUAUGGCCUGAUUAUGUU